CUCUCUCUCUAGACUCGGUCGAGCUGCUCUUUUUAUACGGAAAUUUGAGAACAAUUAUCUCGUCCUGGUUUUGGGUUUAGAGCUCGCUCAUCUCUUCUCUGUGGCCCCUUUCGUUUUGCUGUCAUUUUCUUUGUUCACUUGAGGAAAGCUUAGAGGUAGAGAUGAGUGGUCCUCCAGAAUGUGAAAGUGUUACUCUUGAUCUUCUCAAGAAGAAGAUGGAAGACUUUGCUAAGGAAAGGGACUGGCAGCAGUUUCACAGCCCCAGAAACCUCCUUUUGGCUCUGGUGGGUGAAGUUGGGGAACUCUCUGAGAUAUUCCAGUGGAAAGGAGAGGUUGCGAAGGGACUGCCUGAUUGGAAAGAAGAGGAGAAAGUGCACCUGGGUGAAGAGCUUUCAGAUGUUUUGCUCUAUCUUGUUCAGCUCUCUGACGCCUGUGGCGUUGAUCUUGGCAAAGCUGCUCUCAGAAAGGUUCAACUUAACGCGAUGAAAUACCCAGCUCCAAAUCAGCAAAGCCAGACCAACAUGAUCAAUGGCACCCAGACUGCAAUUUUCCGGCGCUGCCGUUGCUUCCGCCGUAUCUCAUCGCUCUGUCUUCCUCGGUUCUUCGUCUUCCAGUCCUUGUUUCGACCUGGUUUAUAUACCAAUCGAAACCUUGGGAGACCAUCGUGCUAGAGCCGUAAAGAACAGCCCGAUCGGAGCAUUCACGCUCCUCCACGCGCCGCCUGAAGAUUCUGCCGCCGCCAGACUCUGCUGCCGCUCCGCCGCCAUACGAUCCAGCCGUUCGAUCACUCCAAUUUUAGUACAGAUCCAUAGAUCCACCGCCUAGCUGCUCAGAGACACCAAGUAUGUCCAAAUUGGACGGUGGACGUGCCGCCAUGCGCCGCUAGAAGAUUGCAGCCUGCUGGUUCAAGCGCCCACGCGCCGCCACACCUCGCAUGUGUCAUCCACGCGCCAACCUUCUGCAGUGCCACGUCAGCUACUGC